AUGCCAGACCACGAACCCAGGGCCAUCCUCAUCGGCAGCGGCAUCGCAGGAAUCGCCCUCGCUGCUCGCCUCAAGAAAGACCUCAGAUUCAACAAUUUCAUCAUCUACGAACGCGAAAAGGACAUCGGCGGUACUUGGUUCCUCAACACCUACCCCGGCGUCGGCUGCGAUGUCGAUUCUCACCUCUAUUCAUUCUCAUUCAACUUGAACCCCAACUGGUCGAAACGUUUCGCGGAACAGCCCGAGAUCCUCGAGUACCUAAACGCGACGGUGAAUAAAUUCGGCAUUCGGCCACAUGUUCAGACUGGCAUUCAGGUUGUCGAGGCUCGGUGGGAGCAGUCACGCUCGCUAUGGCGAGUGUGUCUUCGAGAUAUGAAAAGUGAGCAUGUCUUCUGGAAAGAAGCAGAGAUCCUCAUUUCAUGCGUCGGAACAAUCUCUACACCCAAAGACUGCGACAUCCCAAACCACGAGCUCUUCGAUGGCGCGAUAUGGCACUCGGCCCGCUGGAACCACGACUAUGAUGUCCGCGGCAAGACUGUCGCGGUAGUUGGCAACGGAUGCUCCGCAGCUCAGCUGGUACCUCACCUUGUGAAUGAUGCUAAAAAGGUUUAUCAGUUCCAGAGGUCUCCGCAGUGGGUCACAGAAAGGUGUAAUCGUGAAUUCAGCGCAUUCACGAAAUGGUGCUUCCGCAACGUGCCUCUGCUCAACCGCCUAUACCGCUUCAAGCUGUGGAAGAGCACCGACGAUUUGCACACACUGUAUAUGUCAGACUCAGACGCAUACAUAGUGAAGAGGGAGAAAGCUACGCAAGUCUCGGUCGACUACAUCAAACAGCAUUCCCCGGCAAAAUAUCACGACAUACUAGUCCCUAAGUUUCCGCUCGGUUGCAAACGCCGAAUUUUCGAUCCUGGUUACCUCGACUGUCUUCACGAGGACAACAUCGAACUUACAACCGAGCCUAUUGUCGAGUUCUUCGAGCACGGUCUUCGCACUCCUAGGCGGGAUAUCCUGGUUGACGCUAUCGUCCUCAGCACAGGCUUCAAAAUCCAGGAAUUCCUUUCCCCGAUCACAAUUCACGGACGAUACACCAGCCUCAAUGAGCACUGGAAGACAACUCGCGGCGCACAAGCAUAUAAAGCCUCCAUGGUGACUGGUUUCCCGAAUUUCGGAAUCGUCUUCGGUCCAAAUGCAUUCCCGGCUCAUAAUUCGGUGAUCUACACGAACGAGGUGCAGGUCGAGUAUAUGAUCAAAACGAUUUUCCGACCCAUUCUUAACGGUUACUUCAAAACGAUUGACGUCAAGGAGGCUGCCGAGAUGUAUGACGCAAACUCUGUCCAGGAGAAGCUCAAGACAAUGGUUUGGUCGGGUGGCUGCUCGAACUGGAACUUGGAUACCAAUGGACGUAACACUACCAACUACCCGGACAAUACGUGGAAGUUCUGGUACCAGCUCUACUGGCCGAAGUGGGAAGAUUUUGAUUUCUCUGGUGAUACCGGGAAGAGGCCCAUGCAUCCCUUUCAUUCUUUGACUUUGACUAUUGCGUUGACGGCGGGUGUCGUUAUGGGGGCAGUCUACAAGUCGAAGCAUUUGCUCCGAGCAUGA